GGAAGAACCCCCCCGGAACAUGGAACUUUAAGGAGGGGCUGAGGAGCUCGAUCUUGGUGCACCGAUAAGCUUGCAGGACGGCACCCGAGACGCCCACCAUUCGCAUGCGUGAUAGCGGCACAGCGGCAGGCAAACCUUCGUGAUGGAUUCAAGAGGGCAGCAGGAUGACGAGACGCGUCAAGUACGGCGAAAACCAGUUCCCUCGUACGUUCCGCCGCUUGGGUACGAUGAGGCCCUGCUGCUCUCAUCUGCCCAUACACACGUCUACGACUGGGAUCAGGAGCCCGAGUCCACAGCACGCCCUCCAGACGAACCACGAAGCACAGAGAUUGGAAGAGAUCUACCCUCCAAGUCAACCUUUGCGAGCGGCGAGACGGAAUACGAGCUGGUGAAGACAUCGAGCGCCGAGAAGACGAGGAACAACACAAGGCGACCUCCACGACGUCGAUGGCAGAUCCUGAAAGGGUGGUGGCCAGAGAUCAUUUGGUGCUUGAUUAGCGUUGUAUGCAUCAUUGUUCUUAUCUCGGUGCUGAGGUCGUACGACAACCAGCCACUGCCGAACUGGCCCCUUGGUCUGACGCUCAACACCGUCGUGGCCUUCAUCUCUACAUUCUGUCGCACGUCGUUCGUUCUUCCAGUCGUCGAAAGUUUAUCGCAGUACAAAUGGAACUGGUACAAGUCGCCGAGGCCAUUGGGCGAUUUUGCGGUCUUUGACGAGGCCAGCCGCGGGCCGUGGGGCAGCUUGAAGCUGCUGCUCAGGACGAAGGGCCGGCUGGUUGGAAUUCUAUCAGCUGUCAUACUGGUUUCUGGGAUUGCGACCUCAACGCUGACACAAUCCGUUGUCACUUACCCUACUCGUCAAGUUGCGAUUCCCGGAAACGAGACCGCACUUACACGAAGGAACAAUGAGUACUUCUGGGCGACUGCCAACGGACCUUCUCGAAGAGAUAUCAUGUUUCCGAUCAACCAGAUUAUUCCUCGAAGUCUCUACACCCCCCCUACCGAGGUGAUGCCGUACUAUCAAGCUAGCUGCCGGUCAAACAACUGCACCUGGGACGACUUCACCUCGCUCGCCGUAUGCGUUGAAAUGAAGAAUGUCACAAACCUUCUCGAGACUGAUGGCGACCCCAUCGAAAUGGGCACCAACUCCACGCUUCCUAACGGCUUGAAGUUACAGAGAAGCUAUGGGUAUGGCAAUUUGAACAUCUCCAGCGGCCCGAGUCUAGCAUUCAACGGUACCGACGCCAUGGGAGCCAAGAUCUGGAACUUCUUCGUGAUUAACGGUCCCCGGCUACGAGCCACAGAGAUCAUGCUGCACUGGUGUGUGAACACAUACAGGGUCACGGUUCAGGACAACCUCCCCGUCACGCAAAAGGUCGCUUCCUACACGAAUCCACAGACGGGAGAGGUGCUUGUGGAGACUUACAACAUGACCAGUAACGUGACAUACUUGACAUCUCCAGACAACCCGGGCAAGAAAUAUGUCGCCGACGGGAUGGGACCUGCUGAGAUUGCUGCUAUUCUCGACUCGACUCUAUCGGGGACCUACAUUGACGGCGGUACAUACAUGUUUCAGAACGGGACCCAAAUCUAUGGGACAGCUUUAUCGCGAGCUGCAAUCGGUAUCAACACGACAACCGAGUCUCAGAAGCUGGAUGACGCCCUGUUUACGACGCUUCGCAACCUUACUGAGAACAUUGCCAGUGGUCUCACGAAUGCUCUCUUAGUCAGUAACGUCAGCGGGACUGCGUGGCAGGAGGAGAGAUUCGUCUCGAUCCGGUGGCCAUGGUUGACGCUACUGGCGGCUCAGGUCGGGCUCUCGAUCCUGACCUUGGCCAUCAUCAUGGUGGAGACUGCCAGUCUAGAUAUUGAGAUUGUCAAGGGCUCGCCCCUCCCGGCACUUCUGGCAGUGCACCCAGAUGAGAAGAAUGUGCUACUAGGGGAUCAUGUCGAGGAAACGUCCAACAAGGAUAGCAGGCUACCGCACCUGAGGGCAUCAGGUAUUACCGGAGGGCUACGGAGAGAUGGAGAGGACUGGGUUCUCCAGGGCAUCAAAAGACGGUGA